UCAGUUUCAUGUAUUAUGCUUUGGGGAGUUUUAGAAAUGCAUAAGACGUUAGUUUAAUUGUGUUUAUGAAAAAUGGAUGGAGAUGUGGUGAACUUGUCAGGGGCAGGGAUUCAUCAGAUUUCACUUCCCCAGGGAGUGGAUCCAACUACUGUCAUUUUAGAUAAGAAUGACAUCACAAAGAUAGACAAUUUAGAAAAAUGUCAGCACCUAAAACAGCUGUCCCUGGCGGGGAACCGCUUAGUGAGGAUGACCAGUGUAGCCAAGCUGAAGAACCUCACAGUGCUAAACUUACCAGACAACAGUAUUGUGGCCAUAGAAGGGUUGAAGGAACUUACAGAGUUGGAAUGGUUGAAUCUCUCAGCUAACAGUAUAAAGGUGGUUGAGGGUUUGACUAAUAACUACAAACUGCGACAUCUGGACUUGUCUGAUAACAGCAUUUCUCAGAUUACUAACCUGGCCCAUCUUGUGUGCUUGAGAACCCUUUUGCUUCAUGGCAACAUUAUAAAAACAUUGGAGGGCGCUCCCCAAAAUUUACCAAAGUCUCUGGCCAUCCUGUCACUGGCUGAAAAUGAGAUAGCCGACCUGAAUGAGGUGAGAUACUUGUCAUGUUUCCAGUUGGAACAGGUUUCUUUGAUGAACAAUCCCUGUGUUCUUGUGACUUCUUCUAAUUCAUAUCCUUGCUACUGCAUAACAACACACUGUUCUGUCCUUUGAUUGGUCACAGUAUCUCCAGAGU